AUGGAGGAAAAGGUUGCUGUGUUUUCUGAUGCUCUGAAUCAUGAUUCGAUAAUUGAUGAUAUUCGUCUUGCUGAGAGACAACUGACAAUUGAGGUCUAUGUGUAUAGGCACUGUGACAUGUCCCACCUUAGAACAUUACUCUCAAGCUGCUCGUUGAAGAAGAAGGUUAUUGUGACUUAUAGUAUGGAUGGAGACUUUGCCCCAAUGGCUGAACUUGUGAAUCUUGGGAAGAAACAUGGCUUUUUGUUGACCAUCGAUGAUGCUCAUGGAACAUUUGUUUGUGGCAAGGAUGGUGGUGGAGUUGCUCAGGAGAUCAAUUGUGAAAGAGAUUUCGAUAUAUGUGUUGGCACACUGAGCAAAGCUGCUGGUUGCCAUGGGGGAGUCAUAGCAUGCAGUAAAAGGUGGAAGCAACUCAUACAAUCAAGAGGCCGCUCAUUUGACAGUAUUCUCAACUGCUAUAUAUACCAGUUCCUUCCUGUUGCAGCUGCUGCAUGCGCAUGGUACAUGUUGGAAUCUGGAUUUCACGUCACUGUCAUCCGGCCCCCUACUGUGCCUUCCAACUCAUGCAGGUUAAGAGUGACUCUUAGCGCAACACACACAGUGGGCGAUUUGAAGAAAUUAAUGGCUGCACACUCAGAGCAUCCACAACAACUUGAAGUGAAUGGGUAUGCCAGACUGUAGGUUAGUACUAUAUAGGGAGAGAAACAAGAUUAGCAGUAGGGAACCCAACCGGUAGUUUUUUAGAGAUAGUAGCUCCUCUAUUAAUACCAAAAUGGAACGUCUUCCUUUCCGUAUUGUUUAACGGAUCAUAUACUAAGGAAUGUCUCUUUUAUAAACUGGUCCUUCAUUUUGAGGAUUCGGAACCAGUGCUCAAUGCUUUCCAGUGCAGCUGAAACAUAAUGCGAUUUCGGUUUACCAAUUUAAUUGAUUAGAGAAGAACAGAUUG